AUGAAGGGCGACGGAAGGUGCUUGAAACUCUUGCUUGCAUUUUCAAUCCUUUUCCAACAAAACGUAAACGGAGGAGAAGUUGGCCACAACCACAGCCUCAGAGAUGCUAAAGUGACAAUGAGGUGCAUAGAGAGGGAAAGGCAAGCACUACUUGCAUUCAAACGUGGCCUGGUGGAUGUGUUCAAUCAACUCUCAACUUGGGGUUCAAAAGCCCAAAAACAAGAUUGUUGCAGAUGGGAAGGAGUCUAUUGUAGCAACCAAACUGGCCAUGUGAUUCAACUUAAUCUUGCAGAUUUCCAAGAUUUACAAGGUAAGAUGAUUAGUCCUAAACUGAUUGAGUUGCAGCAUUUACAAUAUUUGGACCUUUCAUUUAUUAAUUAUGGGAGCCAAAUUCCAGAUUUCAUUGGUUCUCUAACCAAUCUAAGGUACCUCAAUCUCAGUUUCUGUCAAAUGGUUGGUCAAAUUCCAAGUUCGUUUCGAAACCUCACGCAAUUGCAACAUCUCGACCUCAACUAUAAUCAGCUUCAACCAAAAAAUCUCAAUUGGCUCCCUGCUCUUUCUUCUUUAACGUAUUUGGACCUUACACGGAUUGAUUUCAAUGGGAGUCGAAUUCCAGAUUUCAUUGGUUCUCUAACCAAUCUAAGACACCUCCGUCUCAGUUCUUGUAACUUUGUCGGUCAAAUUCCAAGUUUUUUUGGAAACCUUACGCAAUUGCAAAAUCUUGACCUCAGCGAUAAUCAGCUUCAACCAGAAAAUCUCAAUUGCCUCCCUGCUCUUUCUUCUUUAACAGAUUUGGACCUAAGCAGAAACUUCAAUGGGAGCCAAAUUCCAGAUUUCAUUGGUUCUCUAACCAAUCUAAGACCCCUCCGUCUCAGUUCUUGUAACUUUGUCGGUCAAAUUCCAAGUUUGUUUGGAAACCUUACGCAAUUGCAAAAUCUCGACCUCAGUGAUAAUCAGCUUCAACCAGAAAAUCUCAAUUGCCUCCCUGCUCUUUCUUCUUUAACAGAUUUGGACCUAAGCAGAAACUUCAAUGGGAGCCAAAUUCCAGAUUUCAUUGGUUCUCUAACCAAUCUAAGACACCUCCGUCUCAGUUCUUGUAACUUUGUCGGUCAAAUUCCAAGUUUGUUUGGAAACCUUACGCAAUUGCAAAAUCUCGACCUCAGUGAUAAUCAGCUUCAACCAGAAAAUCUCAAUUGGCUCCCUUCUCUUUCUUCUUUAACGGAUUUGGACCUAAGCGGAAACAAUCUCAGUACUGUUUUCGAUUGGCCAGAAGCAGUACUUAAUAAGCUCCCUAAACUAGAAGAAUUGAGAUUGGUGAACUGUAGUCUUCCUCCUCCUCCUACUCCAAUUCUUUCCACUACUCUUUACAAAACAAAUUCUUCUACAUCUCUUGCGUAUGUUUCUCUCUCUGACAACCAUCUCACUUCUUCAAUAUUUCUUUGGUUGUCCAACUACAGUACAAGCCUUGUUCGUCUUUACCUCUACAACAAUAAUCUAUCUGGUUUCAUUCCCGAUUUCAUUGGAAACAUGAGCUCUCUUGUGGAUCUGGAUCUCUCCUACAAUAAUCUAACUGGUUUCAUUGCCAAUUUCACUGGAAGCAUGUGCUCUCUUGGGUAUCUGGAUCUCUCCAACAAUUAUCUAACUAGUUUCAUUGCCGAUUUCACUGGAAACAUGAGCUCUCUUGGGUAUCUGGAUCUCUCCAACAAUUAUCUAACUAGUUUCAUUGCCGAUUUCACUGGAAAAAUGAGCUCUCUUGUGGAUCUGGAUCUCUCCAACAAUUAUCUGACUGGUUUCAUUGCCGAUUUUACUGGAAACAUGAGCUCUCUUGCGAAUCUGGAUCUCUCCAACAAUAAUCUAACUGGUUUCUUUCCCGAUUUCAUUGGAGACAUGAGCUCUCUUGCGAAUUUGGAUCUCUCCAACAAUAAUCUAACUGGUUUCAUUCCCGAUUUCAUUGGAGACAUGAGGUCUCUUGUGGAUCUGGAUCUCUCCAACAAUUAUCUAACUGGUUUCAUUCCCGAUUUCAUUGGAAACAUGAGCUCUCUUGUGGAGCUGGAUCUCUCUCAUAACCAAAUUGAAGGUGCGAAUCCAAAUUCGUUUGCAAGGCUGUGUAAUUUGCAAAGAUUGUUGCUUCAAAGAAAUCAUCUGAGUGGAAAAUUAUCCAAGUUUGUUCAACUAUUGCCUAGAUGUGCUCAAAACUCUUUAGAGGAAUUGUACCUCUUUGAGAAUGUUCUUGCGGGGUCAUUAAACAAUCUUACAAGCUUCUCAUCUUUGAUAUUCUUGAUUCUUAAUGGCAAUCAAUUAAGUGGAAAAAUACCUGAAAGUAUUGGGCAAAUGUCGCAACUGGAGGCAAUCGAUUUCAGCAUAAACUCUUUGAAAGGGGAGGUUUCAGAAACUCAUUUCUCAAAACUCUCCAUGUUAAAUUAUUUGGAUUUAUCCUUUAACUCACUAGGUUUAAAUUUCCAUUCUGAUUGGGUUCCUCCCUUCCAGUUGGAUUACAUAAAUUUGACAUCCUGCAUGGUCGGUCCUGUUUUCCCAAAAUGGCUUCAAACUCAAGAACAUACUUUCGAGCUUGAUAUUUCGAAUGCUGGAAUUUCUGAUAUCCUUCCAAGUUGGUUUUGGAGUAAUUUUCGUAAUGCAGACCUUAUUAAUCUCUCACAGAACCAAAUCAGAGGAAUAUUUACAAAUUUGACAGUGGAGUUUACAUAUAACCUAGAACUACAUUUGAGUUCGAACCAAAUAGAAGGUCCAAUUCCCUCAACUCUAUCAAAAGCCUCAUAUCUGGAUCUCUCUAAUAAUAACAUUUCAGGGUCGCUUUCUUUCCUAUGUGCAAGUGCAGAUAUGAGUUUAACAUAUCUUGAUCUUUCAAGCAACAAUUUUUCUGGAGAACUUCCAGAUUGCUGGAGCCAUUUGGAGACUCUAGUCAUGCUUGAUUUGAGUAACAACGCUUUUUCCGGAAAAAUUCCCAUGACAAUAGGCUCUUCAUUGCAAACUUUGAAAUUAAGUAGAAACCAAUUUGUUGAAGAAUUGCCUUCAUCGUUGAAAAACUGCGCAAGUUUAGAAGUUAUUGAUCUGGGAGAGAAUAAAUUAUCAGGACCAAUACCUACAUGGUUAGGUGUGAGCUUCAAGAAUUUGGAUGAAGCAAGCUUUACAUGGAAAGGAAGAAUGCAGACAUACAAAAGCACUUUGGGGCUAGUGAAGAGAAUUGAUCUCUCAAGCAAUAGAUUAACAGGGGAGAUUCCAAGUGAAAUCACUCAUCUUGUUGAGUUGGUUUCUUUAAACCUUUCAAGAAACCGGUUAACAGGUCAAAUAACUCCAGAGAUUGGAAACUUGCAGUCAUUGGAUUCUCUUGAUUUGUCAAGAAACCAGAUAGAUGGAAGAAUUCCGACAAGCCUUGCUCGGAUAGAUCGUCUUAGUUUCUUGGACUUGUCAUAUAACAACUUGUCUGGCAAAAUACCAAUAGGCACUCAGCUCCAAAGCUUUGAUCCCCUUGAUUAUGCUGAAAAUCCUCUACUCUGUGGACCUCCACUUAAAAAUAUGUGUGUUGAUCAAAUUGAGCCAACUGACUUGAGCAAUGAAGAGGAUAAGGAUGAGUUUAUAACACUAGGAUUUUACAUCAGUAUGGGGAUUGGGUUUGCUGCCGGAUUUUGGGGCGUUUGCGGCACUUUGAUAUUCAAUAGGUCAUGGAGAUACGCAUACUUCAAGUUGUUGAAUGAUUUAAAUGAUUGGCUUUAUGUGAGGAUAGCUUUGAUCAAGCGGCAACUAAAGUUAGCAUAUGCUUAA